CAACACACGUCAGACAACCGGCACCACGCUAGAUGGCGACGACUCAGCACUAUCUGUGGGCUGGAGGGCACUUCGUCCUCCUCGUCUCCUCCUUCCGCUACUUGCUGGCCUGGGCAUUCUUCAGGGGUCCGUCGUCCUGGUGGUACAAGACCAGCUUCUUUGGUGCGCUCCUGAGCUAUGCUAUCGUGUGCCAAAAAUCCCUCGGAACCCCGCAGCCCAACGGUGCCUGGAUCAAGAGGGCUCUCACUGACGAAAAUGUGCAAUACUUGCUACUGGCAUUCUUCUGGUGGACCUCGAAGCCGAUAGCCUUCUCUUUGCUUCCAUUCGCUAUCUUCUCGCUAUUCCAUGCGCUGACGUUCACGCGCACGACAUUGAUGCCUCAAAUCUUGGCGUCUGGCCCCCCGACUUCGGCUGGCGGCGCGCCUACUCCCCACCCUCUCGCCAAGCGGCUGCAGCUCUGGGUAAAGGCCAACUAUGACACCGCGAUGAAGGCUGUCGCGUUCAUCGAGCUCCUGAUCAUGGCUCGCGUCCUCUUGGGAGCUAUCACCUUCCGCAACUCGCUGCUGACUCCCAUUUUCUACGCGCAUUUCCUCCGUCAGCGCUACUACCAAUCUGCGUUCACCCGCAACGCCCUCACCCUCGUCAAUCAGCGCAUCGAAGGCUACGUACGCCAGCCGGGUACCCCACCCGUCGCCGUCCAGAUCUGGGAUACGUUCAAAAUGCUGCUCACUCGCUGGGCUGGCAGCUCUGUGGCUCCCCAGCAGCCCGCCGCUGCCGGCGCCCGGGCGCAGUAAAUGUGGCGCAGGUGCUAAGGAGGUUAUUGCUGUCUCGGGCCCUUCCGACUUCUCGCUAUGCCUGAACCUGUCGUCGUGUGUUGUGGGCCGUAAGCCUGUGCCGGUUAUCUUGUCUAAUGAAUAUCUGCUUGGCUGUGGAAUAGAGCUAUGUUGACGUCA